GAUGCAGAAGAGUCUAAAGAAGUACUUCGUCAACAUGGACGAGUACCUGAGCAGCCUGGGACUCUACCGGAAGAUGGUGGCCCGGGACGCAUCCAGUCUGUUCCGAGCGGUGUCAGAGCACGUGAGCCGGGCUAACAGGAUGGCUAACAGCUGGGAGGAGGAGGAGGGGUGGGAAGGUGGGGGGGUCAGACACUGUGCCACCUCAGGUAGGGUGACCAUACGUCCUUUUUUACCCUGACAUGUCCUCUUUUGGGGGGCUGUCUGGACUGUCCAGUGGGAGUUUAUAAGAACCUUUCACAUGUUCGGGGGUUUGAAUGGAAACGGGCUUCCAUAGUUUUGAGUUUGUGUAGUGUGUAUCUUCGCAUCACAGACUAUUGUAUUUACCAUACACGUUCAAUGGUUCAUUUGGAAACACACUCUGAGGGGCGGAGUUCCACGCUAAACCCCGGAACGUGUAUUUAUUCAUGCUUUAGAUAAACGAAUCUAUAUUGUUUAUAAACGCAACUUAUUGUAGGUAAUUUUCAGUAUCUCCAAGAGGACUGGUUAAGUUUUUCUUUUUCUUUUUGGUAACUCAGAAUAUGUGUUUAACUGAGUUAGAAGUGCGUAAAAAACACUGGACCUGACCCGAAAAACCCUCCAAAUUUUGCACGCUUUUUUGGGGAUUCAGAAUAUGGUCACCCUAACCUAAAGGUACAACUAAAACUUAAUGACUAUUUUAAAAAAAAUCCAGAUGAAGGUGGUACCAUGGGUCUUACUUCUGAUACCCAUGGCAACUGACCAGCAGGGGUCACUAGGUCAGACUGGUUGAGAUGGUUUAUGUUUAUCUCAGUCUUUUUCUCCUCAUUCUGUAUUAGUCUAUCUACCUGUCUCCAGGCCUGGUCUAGUAAAGCUUAGUUUAGUGAAUUUGUCUGUUUGCUUGUUUGUUUGUUGGUUAAAACAUUUGUGUUUUAUGUGUUUUGUUUUUGUGUGUGUUUUUUGUGUGAGUUUUUUUUUAUUUUACAUAGGCUGUGUUUUUAAUCUUUGUGUUCAUAAAACUGAACCACUUUUAAAAGACCCAGUUGGGGGCAGAGAUAGGAAAGGAUUGUUAGCUGUUUAACCUGUCAGGGACGGGACCUCUGUUAAGUUCAGUAAAUAAUCUGUAAAAAUGCUCAUGUUAACCCCAAUUCUGUGUGUGUGUGUGUGUGUGUGUGUGUGUGUGUGUGUAGUUAUAUUUCUCGCAGAACUACCAUCAGAGGAUCCGUCAGGACUGUGCAAACUUCAUGAGAGCCAACAGAAGCAGCUUCGAACCUGUGAGUCACUAAACACUGACUAUUCAACUGACAAACCAGUUAAUGAAGUAAUAUUCCCAGGAAAAAAAUAGUAGACCAAUAUGCUCACCACCUGCUCUAGGUAAAAUUAUGGAGAAAAUUGCAUAUGAACAAACAACAGGAUACUUUCAUAACAAUAAACUAAAUACUGUGUUUUAACAUGCAUAUAAAAAAAAGCACUCAACUACUACAGCUUUAACUCAGAUGAUGGAUGACCGGUUGAGAGAUAAAGAGAUGCAAAAAUUGCUAGGUGCUAUAUUAUUAGACCUUAGCGCAGCAUUUGACAUACUGGAUCAUUCCCAUUUAUUGAAUAAGCUGAGAUAUUGUGCAUUUAAAGAUUCUGCAAACAGACGAAUGAAAAGUUAUCUGACAAAAAGGAAAUAGUAAGUUCACUUCAAUGGCAGUUUUUCUGAAAUGAGAGCUGUGGGAUGUGGGGUGCCGCAAGGGCGCUGCCAGGGACCACUUUUAUUUUCUAUUUUUACAAAUGAUUUGCCGUUGGUUUUGAACUCUGCCAAAAUAGUAAUGUAUGCUGAUGACUCCAUAGUUUAUGCUUCAGCAAGCACGGCAGAAGAGUUGAAUGAGGUAUUAAACAAAGAAGUAAAGCUCAUUAAUGAAUAGGUCAUAGGAUAUAGAUUAGCUCUUAAUAUUGAAAAAACAAAGUCCAUGGUGUUAGCGUCAAAAUAUAAGUUGAGAACAUUUAUGAUCAUUACUUUAUCAUUUCCUUGAAGUAAUAAUCACCAUAUUAAUCAUUUGCACUGCAGACGCGGCAGUUCUUCUGCCUUAGCGUCUCGGUCUGAUUGCACUUCUAUGAGUUCAAGUAGCGCUGUCUGUAGUGGCCCACUCCUAACAGCUGUGCUGUGUUUAGUUUGUUGAAGGUUCCUUUGAGAAGUAUCUGGAGCGUCUGGAGGACCCAAAGGUGAGCUGAUGUGACCUUUGACCCCUCAGUCCUUUAAUUGGCUGAGCUCUUUGUUACCUGUGGACAGGUGUAACUGUGUUUAACAGAUUGUUUGAGAGUGUGUCGGUGUGCGUUAAAUACAGCGUAUUCAUGUGUGUUUCAGGAGACAGUGGGUCAGGUGGAGAUCAAGGCUUUGUCUCAGCUGUACAGGUGAGUCUCACCUGUCCUGAAGCUUUGGUCAUUAUUUGUCAGAGGAAACUAGUUUUACCAGUAAGCAUGUUUUAACCAGCUUUCACUGUGUUUAGACGCUGUUUCCUGAUCUACCGCUACCCUGGGAAACCAGCCACUGUGAUCUCAGAGGAAGACUUCCUGGACAAGGUGUGUGUUCAGGUGUUUCUUACCUGUAUUAUACCUGGGAGCAGGUACACACUAGUAUGAAGAUGUAACUGUUUGAUAACCUAGAGUAAAUGUAUAGCUGUUUUAUAAAUUCAUGACUUUCCACAUCAUUAUCAAAGCUCUAAAAUAAAAAUCCCAAAAUAGCUGGGUCAUUUAGUGGAAAAAAGAAACAAUAAAUUCAAUCUGUUAAGUUUCAGAUACAUUAAAAAUAAACACAGCUAUCAUUCAACAUUCUUAUUUGUUACAUAGGUGACGCUGUGUUGCUCCAUCAAUGGUAACUAUGACGUCGUUUACCCGAGGAGUUACCCUUCCUCCGCCGCUUUCUGUCAGUGUAAGAACUGAACACUGGUUGGUUGAUCAAAGCAACUGAUUUAAAGGAGCAGUACAACAUGUAACUCUUAAUUACAAAUAAAGACAGUGUUCGUGUAUGUGUGUGUGCAGCGCUGCUGUACGAACUGCUGUACUCUCAGGUGUUUGGGUUGGAGGAGGCAGAGCUCUGUCAGGCCAUGGAGGCCUUCAGGGUUGGAGGACGUCGCUAUAGAAACAGUCCAUCAGUCUGUAGUGAUGUAGACAUUGGCUACGAUGGGCUUGAGGACCGAGGACACAGGUAGACAAACAUAUGGACACACACACUGUUGGGAAUAUGGGAUAGACCGAUUUUAGACAAAGAAAUUUAAGGACAUGAGUAAGACAACAGACAAUGGAGAGACUAAACAACAGGAUGGACAGACAAAAGUGAAGAGGACUAGGGGUGGUUGUCAGGUUGGGGGACUGAUAAAUUCAGGAUUUUGGAAUGAAGGACAUACUGAAAGACAGUUUGUGACUGAUCAGGGGGACAAUGUCGCCUCCUAAAAGAUCAUUGUAGGAGGGACUGAUGGACAUCGCGGAAAGACAGAUGCAUGUUGGACAAUGUGAACCUGAAGUAGAGGGACAGAUAGAUCUAGGAUAUUUGGCGGGGGGGUCUUUCUAUGAAUGACAGUCUCAGGUGUUGAGAUGUUUUUGAUUUGUGUCACAGGGAGGAGUCUGAGGAGGGCGGAGCUUCAGAGGAUAAACUCCGAGCUGUUGCAGACGAGGUGAAGGUGAGAGACGUCAGAGUGUGUGUGAUUUUACUGAGACUGAUAAAUUAGAUGAAGAUAUAGAUACUAGGAGGGCUCUGCCUUGCUGGCUCUCAUAACAGUAAUAACUAAUCAUGGUGUCUGACUGGUGGCUCUUUUUAUUGGUCAGUCUCCUGCAGAAGCCCCACCCCCUUCCAGGCUGUCUCUUCCAUAUAAAGUGAUGAAGUCUCUGGAUUGGGAGGUGUACAGAAAUGUGGAGUUUGAUGUUUGGCAAGACACCUGCAAAGGUAACACACUUAGACACACAUGUAUACACAGUCAUUGACCACAGGUUCUAACAGAACAGGUGUCAGGUGUUUUCAGUUGUUUUAAGAGGUGUCUGAGGAGUUCAAGAGUUUGACACAUGUGACUGAUAGGAAAAUCAUGUGACCAAACACAUCUAAAUCAGAUUUCCGAUUAUUGAUCAGUCUGUAACGUGACCCCUGUCUCAUCAGGGAUUAGCACAGCGAUACUCAUCAGUUUGUUUUAUGAAGUGUGUGUGUGUGUGUGUUUGGGACAGAGAUGCAGAAGACAGACUACAUGGUGUUUGCAGGGAGGCAAUACUUCCUGGGAGACAAAUGUCAGGUAACCAAAAUGUUUAAAACACUGAGAGCAUCAAACAAUAAUAAUCUAGCAUGAAUAAAACCAGCGGUCAGACAUCAGAGAGGGACAGGUAGACUUCUUAAGACAGAGAUGGGACACGGACAGCUGGACACAUAAACAAAAAGAUAAACACAAGAACUUCAAAAGGACACACAUACAAAAUAUCUUAUAAAUAAAUGAUUCUCAAGUCGAUAUAGGACAGGAAACAAGGGACACAUUGGAAAGACAGACAGGACACAAAAAGAAACCAGGAGAGUGACAAAGGUGGUAUAAAAACAAGCAACAGCAGGGACCAAGUCAGGACAGAGAGGGGACAAGUUGGGGACAAUUUGAGCAUGGAGAGGGGGCACGAGGUACAAAGACAGUACAAAGAGGGAACACUUUGAGGACAAAAUCAGGACAGAUAGGGACACAUUGGGGAGAAAAUCAGGACAGUGGAGGGACACAAUGGGUACAUAAUCAGGACAUAUAGGGACAUAAUGGGGACAAAGACAAUACAGAGUGGGGACACAAUGUGGACAAAGACAGUGCAGGGAGGGGACACGUUGGGAACAAAAUCAGGACAGAGGUGACGCAACAGGGACAAAAUCAGAACCGAAAGGGGAAACAUUAGGGACAAAUCAGGACAGAGAGUCAGCACAAUGGGGAAAAAAGAAAGGUAACAGGGAGGACAUAACAGAGACACAGAAUGGCAAUAGUUGGGGACACAUGAAGACGUGGGGAGGACAUAAGGGAGACAAAAACAAGCUUUAAACAAAGAAUAAAUGGACCACAGAGAGGGACACCAGAAACACCACAACAUCAUGGUUGAAGACAUGGAGGACAGGUAGCAUAAAAGAGACAGAAGUACACGGAGCCAAAAAUAGAGAGGAUAUCAGGGAGACACAGGGGUAAGAAAGGAUAUGGAGACAACAACUAUGAGACACAGAGUGAACACAGAAAAAGAUUGUAGAGGACAGACCUGAGUCUGUAAACCAGAACAGGGAUGAGGUUUCACUCUGUGUGUGUUUCAGGUUCGAUUGGAGCCAAAAGGGAAAUACUUCAAUGCCUUCAUUCAGGAAGUAGGAACUCACUCAUCGGCUGUAACUGUCUUCAUCGAGGAGCUGGGAGAGAAGUAAUUCACACACUCAGUGACACACAAACAGACACACAUACAAACACACAGAUGUGCAGACACAUUUGGUGAUACUCACCCACAGACCCAGUUUUCUGAACAUGAUGCUGACUUUAAUCCCUUGUUGGUUUUAUUCAUAUAAAAACUGAAUCUGUGUCCCUCCGUCUCUGACAGACACCUGGUCCCUCUGACAGACCUAAAACCAGUUAAUCCAGUUCCAGCCUGGAACAUUGCAGCCCCCUCCAGGAAGGGAGAUCAGGGUAUGAUCACUCCUGGAUCAGAUCUACCUGCUGCCUUAAGUUUUAUUGUCUGAUAUUACUCAGACAUGAUUAGUGUUAAUGCUGUGGUCCUGCCAAAGGAAGUAUGCCAGGUUUCCCCCCGCCUCCCCUCAAGUAAAUCAAUAACAAAUCUCUCUGUCUCCUUGUCAGACUGUGACUCUCGUGGUCAGCGCCACCAGCGCCAACGUUACUUCAGAAAGUCUCGUGGCAGCAGUGGAGUGAAGGGGAUGGAGCUGUUGAUGCCUCCACCAUCCUCAUAUGGAGGCCCCGCCCCCUCCCCUUUGCCACCUCGCUUCCAGCCUACAGGCCACCCUCGCCCCCCCCCUCCCCCGUCACCUGGAGCCAUGACCUACGACCCCUAUGCACCCCCUCACCACCAACACCAUCAUCACCACCACCCUCCAGCCAGACCUCCUCGUUACGGUGCAUCCAGGUGAGACAGAGCACCAAGAGUAGUGACAAUAUAGAUGUGCUUUAUGGACAAAUUACUGUAUUAGACUGUAUUUGUAAUGGACACAUGACUGUGUGUGUGUGUGUGUGUGUGUGUGUGUGUGUGUGUGUGUGUGUGUGUGUGUGUGUGUGUGUGUGUGCCUACCUGUACAAUGGGUUCUGGUCAGAAGCUCCGCACGCUUUCUGAACCGUCACCUGAUUGGUCCACAGCUGACCUAUUACCACCCUGGCAGGAGGUAUUGCCACGACUACGAGAACUAUACCUUCAGGUCCCGGUAAACACACACACCCUGUCUAUCAUACAGCUAACUGAAGCUAGACUAACGCAAUCACAUGACACAAGGCUACCAUGGCAACUGUUAGAGUAAGGAAAGUGGCUUCUUUUUGAUGAGUUUUUCAUAAGUAUCACCAUAAAAUAUUUACAACAUGAUACCUGACAGAGCUUACACCUGGUUCAGAUGUUAUAUUUGGAUGCAGUAUGACUUUGGCCUUUAUGUCUUUGUUGGUCUUUGUCUGUUCUGGUGUCAGUCGUAGCCGCCGCCAGUUUGCUGCUCUGAAUAAAGACUGCCAGUUUGGGUUCCACACUGAGGGGACGCAGGAGCCCUCUGAUCUGGACCCAGCCAUGGCGUACUACCAGCUGGAUGACGAGGGUGAAGCGGUCUUCCCCCCUCUGACAGUGAGUAAACUAAACUACAUGAUGGAUGAGUCCAUCAUCGAGUGCAGCGGAGUUUUGCAGCUCAAGGAAGAACAUUUACGAUUAUUACUUCAUGGAAAUGCAAUCAGACUGAGACGCUGAGGCAGAAGAACUACUGUGUCUGCAGUGCAAAAUGAUUACUAUGAUGAUUAUAACUUCAAGGCAGACUUGGAGAGUUGGGCAAGACACUGAUUGGUGGCACAAAAGUAACGGCCCCUUUCCUUCCUCAGGGCCCUGCUGUAGCUCCGCCUCCCACCAUUGGAGCCCCUCCUCCUCCACCUAGCUCCUCCUAUCGGAUUCAGAGAGCCUCAGGGCCGCUCCCCCCUGCACCACCCCCAGGAAACACCCCUGUCUGCUCUUCAGAGGAGGAGCAGGAGGAAGCUAGCACUGUUGAGGACCAGGGUGAGGACAGAAAGGAAGUUAUAUUAUUCCUACAAAAAAAAUGCUCACUGAGAACAUGAAAACAGAUUAUUUUGAAGUCCCACUCCAAUUGUUUUUGUUUUGUUUUUUUCUUUUUCUAUAUAAAGUGUUCUAUGUGGUCUUUAAAUUGUGAUUAUGAAGUUUUUAGCCAAAAUCACACUAUCUGUGUCGUUUUCAGAGGCUUUUAUACUGCAGGGCUCCGGUAGCUCCUUAGCAAUUCACCUCUGAGUCAUGGGUGAAGACGGCACAGCUCUUCACCCUCCUCUUCAUGCUAGCUUGUAGCCUGACUUUGCUGGUGCAGCAAAAGUGGCAGGUUAGGUUAUAUAGAAGCUAUUCAGCUCUCAAACACUUAAGUCUUUCGGAGCCUAUUGAAAGCUGAGAUCAUAGUUAGCUUUCUUACGAGCAUUGCAAUCCGCCAUCGCACACACUUGUUCCGCCACCAUUCUCUCUACUUCUUGGGAUCUGGCCUGCAGAGCGGGGUGCCACGAGCGAAGUUCAGACUUGUAACAGAGAAAAUCCUGUUGGGGACGGACCUGCCGUUUGGGUCUGCUAGAAAUUUACAGCGAUUUGAAAGCAGAAAUACUCAGAAAUGUAAUUUUGCACGUGGUUUUCUCCUGAUAUGUCCUCUAGCAUCAAAACAAUGUCAUUUGAACUUAUGGACAACAAGAAAAACGUGAUUUUCAUCGGAGUGGGUCUUUAAGGCACCAUCAGGUGGCGUCAUGCUUAUUGCAGAAAGAGCUCUAAGUGAUUGACCUAACCCUUAGGUUGCUGUGAACUUUUAUUGUGGAAGUAUUGUAGGAAGUGUAAACUUAGCUUAUUGUCCUGUCCACUGUAUACCUUUUGUGAUACUGAAACACCUUUAGUUGAACCUUCUUGAACUGAAACACUUCUUUACCUGUGUUUGAUUCUAGCAGAGUUCACAGAGGAGUACGUCUAUAUGUCUCAGGGUAAGACGCACACACACACUGCACACACUUACACACACACAGCAUGCUGACUGACUAGAUAUGUGUGUUUCAGAUCAAGGUUAUCAGACCUCAGAGGUGUACACUGCUGCUGAGCCCUCCCCCAACCAGGUAACGCACUUGAGCCCUCACCUUAGAAACAUAUCAGAGGUUUUAAAAGAUGGAGUCAUGAUGAGGUCAGUCUCGGGUCCGCUCUCUGUGGUCAGUGUUCACAUGAGCAUGUGUUUGAUAAGCCACACUAACAGUGUCACCUGAUCAACUGCACUGAUUGUUUUAUUGUGGAAGGCUAAACAGGAAGGAGGUACGGCAGACUCCCCACAGAGAGCUGAGAUAAACUUCAGCUACUCACAGCAGGUAGGUCAUGUGAUGAUACCAUGACAAAAGUCAUACCUUUAUUUAAAAAAAAAAAAAAAAAAAAAAGGAUUCAGCAAAAAGUUAUUCAAUGGACUAUUACUGUAUUGUAAUUGUUAAUUAUGUAUUUUUGUUUGUUUAUUGUGAUUUAUGUUUGUAAUUGUUAUUAUGUAAUUAUUUUCAUCAUCAACUCUGAUACAUAAUUGAUCAAUAUAAUCCCUACUGCUUAUUUUUAUUUGAUAUUGUUAAAUGUCUAUUAUUGCAUGUUGGUGUUUUUUCUCUUAAUUUGUAUGAUUCAUUGUAUAUUGUGUAUUGAUUAUUAUCAGUUAUUGGUAACUGUUAUUAAUGGUCACAGGUGGUGAAGCCAUUACCUGUGAUUUGCUCCUCCCCCUCCUCUUCCUCCUCCUCCCCCUCCUCUCCAUCAUCACAUGCACCCGCUGCUCACCUGCCAACAGCACACACCCAGACACGCACAGGUACAAACACACACUUUAACAAUAAGGAGCAUUAAAGAGUAGUUUAAUAAUUAUGUAAUGUUUUGUAUUUUGCUGUCAGCUGCCAUGACAAUCCCAGCCUCUCCCUGGUUGGUCAAUGAGCUGGGUGAGCCUCUCUGCAGCAAUGUGGCUCCGCCCCCUUACUCCUACGACCCCAAUGGCAGUGAUUUACCCAGAGGUCAGAGGUCAACAAGACAAAAAAAAAACAUUAUUAGCUGCAGCUUCCUGUUAAUACCAAUGUUACUGUGGGUGUGUGUGUUUUCAGAUUGCAGGGUCCUACAAUAUUACUUCAACCUAGGAAUCCAGGUGAGAAUACCUGAAUGUGAUAUCUUUAAAUGUUUGUUCUGAAACAGUAAGAAAAAACGUGUCACUGUAGCCAGUGUGAACAGUCUCAGAUGUGAACAGUCUCGGGUGUAAAUGUCUGUGUAGGUUCUCAUUCAUCCAGGUCAUAGUAAUCAAAUUCUUCGUGUAAAGAGCAACUGGGCUUGUUUAAGGUCAUUGAAGACAUUUCCCCUCUCUUCCAAAAGGCUUCUCCAGUUCAGAACCAAAGAAGCCUUUUUAAAUAAAGGCCAAACUUCUGCAAGGUUGCAAGAAGCUUAAACAAGUCUAGUUGCCCUCUCAAUGAGUAAUUUGAGCCUCAGGUGUAGGCAGUCUUGGUGGUUAACAGUCUCAGAUGCUAACAGUCUCGGGUGUAGACAGUCUCAGGUUUGAAUGAACCUGUAUGCUGUGAAAACAGAUAUACAGGUAUGACUUCAUCCUAGAUGUGAUUACAGACACGUUAAUGAACUUGGGAGUUCAGUUUUUUUUUUAAUGUUAGUUUGGGGAAGGUUGUUCAGGUGUAGACAGGUGUUGGAUAAGCUGACUUCUGACCUCAUUAACAGUGGUAUCAUCAGAGCUGUUGGCAGCAGCAGGUGUACACUCCAUCUUCAUCUGAGACCCCCUACCUAUACCAGUACUACACCCCCUACCCGAGCCAGGACACAACCCUCCACGGUAAGAAAUCAGUCCCCUCUGAUUGGAUGAUGUUUGACCAGCAGCUGUAACCUUCUGUCACUGAUAAAUAGUCAGCAAUUACACAACCUGGUAACAAAGAGAGGUGAGUUAUAUAUACACUGUGUGCACAAUUAUUAGGCAAGUGAGUAUUUUGAUCAUAUCAUCAUUUUUAUGCAUAUUUUCCAACUCCAAGCUGUAUAAACUUGAAUGUUUAUUGGAUAUAAGCAUAUCAGGUAAUGUGUAUUAGUAUAAUGAGGGAGGCUGGGGUCUAAGGAGAUCAAAACCCUAUAUCAAGGUGUGCAUAAUUAUUAGGCAGCUUCUUUUCCUCAGGUAAAAUGGGCCAAAAAAGAGAUUUAAGUGACUCUGAAAAGUCAAAAAUUGUAAAAAGUCUUUCAGAUGUCAGAGUCUUUCAUGGAUGCAGCACUCUUGAAAUUGCUUAGAUAUUUGGGCGUGAUCACAGAACCAUCAAACAUUUUGAUGCAAAUAGUCAACAGGGUCGCAAGAAAUGUGUUAAGAAAAAAAGACGCAAAUUAACUGCCAAAGAUUUGAGGAGACUCAAACGUAAAGGUACCAGGAACCGCUUAUCCUCCGGUGCUGUCAUAUUCCAGAACUGCAACCUACCUGGAGUGCCCAGAAGUACAAGGUGUUCAGUGCUCAUUUUUCAAAGGUUUUAUGGACUGAUGGGAUGAGAGUGACUCUUGACGGACCAGAUGGAUGGGCCCAUGGCUGGAUCAGUAAUGGGCACAGAGCUCCACUUUGAAUCAGACACCAGCAAGGUGGAGGCGGGGUACUGGUAUGGGCUGGUAUUAUUAAAGAUGAGCUCGCUGGACCUUUUCGGGUUGAAGAUGGACUUAAAAUCAACUCCCAAAACCUACUGGAUUGACCGAGAGCUCUGCAGUUCAAAAAUAAAAUUUAUCCUCAAAAAUACAACUUGCCUAAUAAUUGUGCACACAGUGUAUAGAUGGAUUCACCCAUUUAAUAACCUACAGCUUCGUCUGCUGUUAUUGUAAGUUAGUCUUUGAUGGAGUUAAUCAGGGAGGGGUUGAGUAAGUUAGCAGAGAGGACUAGUUUAUAGCUGGGUUAAGUUUAUCUGUGUGUUGGUGAAUGUAUGAGUUUAUAAGUUUAUAAGUGAGUUAAAGGGUAAAUUAGUCAGUCCAUUGCUUCAUCAGUAAAUUAAAGUUAUUAAGAAAGAUUAUUAGAUAAUCAGUGCAUUGAUACAUCAUUAAGUGGAUUAGUUUAUCAGUGAGUUCUUCUAUCAGUGAGUAAGUAAGUUUGAUUAUCGUCAGAAUUUUCAAUUACUGAGUCUAUCAGUGAGGGAGUUAGUCUAUCAGCCCCAUCUUCCCAAGAUCCUGCUCCUCAGUAAGUUAGUUAAUUAGUAAUGUAGUGACUUAAGUAUAGUAAGUAAGUUAGUUAUCCAGUACAAUACUUGAGUAGAUUCAACAGUGAGUUAGCAAAUUAGGAAGUUAUUAAGUGAGAGUAUUCUCCAGUUGGUUUGUCACUGUGAUUGGUUUAAGUGUGUCAGUCAGAGAUUUACUCUUUUCUAAGUGUGUUAGUGAGGGAGUCUGCAGUAAAUUUACGUACGAGAUAAGUCAUUGUCUUUCUAGUAAGUUUGUAUGCUAGUUAAGCAAUGACUAAUCACUUAUUGCCACAUGGUUUUUCAGUCCUUGAACUUAGUCAAUGAGUGACGGUAAUCCUGCAGACACAACUGAGAUUAAUAUCCUAACUGGUUCUCAUUCUGGUCUGCCUUGCCCCCCUCCCCUAUUACAGAGGGAACCAGAGGGACCCACCAGCCCAUGUCCUCUUACCCAGAAUCCUCCAGGGCAGGAGAAGGACCGACAGAGGGACACAGCAAUGGUUAGUACAGUCACAGCAAGCUUUCAUAUUGUUUAAACCAGACACACCUGAACACCUUUACACCUGAGCACUCUGAGCUUAUCUUUAACCCGAGUUUACCUUGAACACCUAAACCCACAGAGCUCAUCUUUAACACCUUAGCACACUGACACGUUACAUUGUUACUAUGAUAAAUAUGUUUAAUAUGUUAUAUAUCUUAGUAUCCAGUUUUUUCUCCUCUCCCAUUAGGCACAACCCCCUCAGCAGAAGGCUCCUCCUCUGUCAACCCCACCCCUACAGGCUCCGCCUCCUCAACAGCUCUCAUGUAUUCAGACCAAACACCAUUCCCCCCUCCCCCUCAACUGCACCUGCCCUAUGAAGCUCCACCCACAGCUUCUUACAUGCCCUCAGCCCCACCUGUCCCAGCUCAUCCUCACCCUGUCCACCUUACCCACUACUCCUCCUACCAUCCAUGCCUCCCCUCCUCUACUCACUGGGGGGCACUGCAGGGUGGAGGUCACACACCUAGAGGCUACUGUCCUGCUACUAAUCCCCCCCUCAUGGUCAGCUAUAUUCCAGCCCCACCUACUCACCACACAGCCACACACUACAUCCCCCCAAAUGUGUAACACAGACACACUGCUUUAACUGUCAUUUACCGUAUGUGUUCGCUGUCCAGGCUAAUUCCCUGUUUGUUUUCAGUGAGCGGCGCUCGCUUUGCUAGUCCCUGUUUACAGUGAGGGGAUGUUUUUGUGUUGGAACCUGUUCACGGUUGUUUGUUAAAAAAUAAAGUUUUGUUUGAGC